AUCAUAUGUGGCGCUGCAAGCGCUUGUCGUAAGCUAUCCAAGCCAGAAUGUCUUCUAUACUGUAGUAUUGUUUUCAUUCGUCUCUUUAAAUGAUUCACUGACAUUUACAAGUUUAUAUCACAAAAGCAUCAAACUUUAUUAUGAGUAUUUUUACUUUAAUUUUUUUUUUUGUAAAUAUACUCUUAUAAUAAGAGUGUGAACUUUUUAAAAUAUAAUUUGCUAAGCCUAAUUUAUUGAGUGGAAGAGCGUGCUUAACAUUUGAGAAUAAUUUCUACUUCAGUUUUGACACUAUCAACUAUUAAACAACAAUUGGUUUGUUGUGUCAUCGAUCACGUGAUAAAAUCAUUUUACAAAAGUCACGUGUAACCCUUGAAAUUUACAGAUUUUAUUGUUUAUCGAACAGAACUGUAUUAGUGUAUGUUUUUUGAAUGUUUUCCCCACAAAUUUUAUCGAGGAACACGUGAAAAAUUCAUAAAAUAAAAAUUAAUAAUAAUAAAAAAAGACAUUUUACAAUCAAAAAAACUCAUCUGUAUCAGAAUUUUAGAUAUGCAAACACAAGAAUUGUGGUGUUAAGUUGUGUGCGUGUGUAUAUGAAUUGAUAUCCAGUCUACAUUAUUGUUAUUUCUUUUGCGAUUUUGAUUAAUUUUAAGCUAACUGAUGAAGCCAAUGUUUAAUCAAAAUAUGCUUGGUGGUCCACCUGCUGAUCCAUUUUAUUCAUCACCAUUUUCCUCAUAUUUUAGGAGGCACACUCCAUAUUUUGGACAACCAGACUAUAGGAUAUAUGAAAUGAAUAAAAGAUUGCAGCAAAGAACAGAGGAAAGUGACAAUUUAUGGUGGGAUGCAUUUGCAACAGAAUUUUUUGAAGAUGAUGCAACUUUAACGUUGACAUUUUGUUUAGAAGAUGGACCAAAACGUUACACAAUUGGAAGAACACUUAUUCCAAGAUACUUCCGAAGCAUAUUUGAAGGUGGUGUUACGGAACUGUAUUUUAGUCUCAAACAUCCUAAGGAGUCUUUUCACAAUACUACAAUUACAUUGGAUUGUGAUUUGUGCACAAUGGUAACUCAUCAUGGUAAACCUAUAUAUAAUAAGGUAUUAAUGGGUGGUCAGUACGCUAGUGAUCCUAUGAAAGAACAACUUGCUAAAGAUAAUGCUGUUGUGGUCUGUACUGAAGGCCGAUUAAUAUUGGAAUUUACAUUUGAUGAUCUUAUGAGGAUAAAAUCUUGGCAUUUUGCAACAAGGCAACACAGAGAGUUAAUUCCUAGAAGUUUGAUUGCUUUGCAGACACAACAACAAGAUCCUGCUAUGCUGGAACAACUUUCUAAAAAUAUUACUCGUCAAGGUUUAACAAAUUCAACACUGAACUACCUCAGACUGUGUGUCAUAUUAGAACCGAUGCAAGAGCUUAUGUCAAGACAUAAAGCUUAUGCUCUAAGUCCUAGAGAUUGUCUUAAAACCACACUGUUUCAAAAGUGGCAACGCAUGGUUGCACCACCAGAAACACAAAGACCACCAAGUAAAAGAAGAAAGAGAAAAUCAUCAACAACAAACAAUGCUGGUAAUACGACAGGUGGUACUGGAACUGGCAAAAAGAAAAAUAUGUCUCCAGGUCCUCCUAAUUUUUCUCUAGCAUCUCAGGAUGUCAUGGUGGUCGGUGAACCCUCUCUUAUGGGUGGAGAGUUUGGUGAUGAAGAUGAAAGGCUUAUCACCCGACUCGAAAAUACUCAGUAUGAUGCUUCUGCUGCAGCAGCAAAUGGUUUAGAUGAAAAUGAUGAUUUCACAAAUAAUCCAUUAAGUAAUGCACCAAACUCUGCAGGUGGACCCCCUCAUUCAGCAUGGUCGGGACAACAGAAUACAGGUGCACAGUCUUCCGAAAGAAACCCCUCUGGACAGGGUAAUGCUCCUCAGCAACCUAAUCAAGAUGACAAGAAGCCAUCACCUGCCAUCAGUCAAUAAUUUUGAAAAAGACAAAUUAUAUAUAUGGAUAUCAAGUAUACAAUUCACAAAAAGUCCUUAAAUAUGCUCAAGAUGUGACAAAUUUAUAUGUUUUCAGCAUCUUUUACAAGUUAAAGAAUGGAUGGAAUUUUUUUUGUUGGAACAGAUUUCGAAUAAGAAUUCUUCUGACUUGUUGAAAUUGUUGAUAAAAUAUUUUACGAAUUAAUUUAAAAAAAAAAAAAUUUAUAAGUGAUGUCUGAAAGACAAAAUUACAUGAAUUGUGUUAAUAAUAUUUCUAUUAUCAUUCAGAAAAUUUCUUUGGAUUCUUUAAAUUUUAUUAAUUUUAAAGAUAAUACUAUAUAAAAGUUUAUAGAAGAAGCAUUUUGAUAUUUAAAAUUCUAAUUAUUUCAAAUAUUAUUUAUUUUUCCUUCUCAUCUGCAUGAAAAUGUCGAAAUUACAUCAGAAAAUAGUUUAGUGUUAUAUAGUUAAUAUCAUGGCAGUAUUUCUUCUAUUGGAAAAAAAAAUCACAAUGUAAAAUAUCGGUAAAUCAUUUAAUCGGGAAUUUAAAGUAGAAUUUUAUAUCAUUCAUAAUGUACUUCUUUUCAUAUUUUUUAAUAGUUUUUGUAGAAUCAUGAUUAGAACAACAUCAGUCAAAAAGUUACAAUAAAUGAAAAAAAAAAAUUGAUGCACAGA